AUGUACUUCUUUUUGAGAAUCUUGUCUUUUCUAGAAAUUUUGUACACUUCAGUAACUCUCCCUAAGAUAUUAGUGAAUAUUAUAUCUGAAUCAAAAACUAUCUCCUUCAUAGGUUGUGCUACCCAGAUGUAUUUUCUUCUUUCUCUUGGAACAGUGGAAUGCUACCUGUUGGCUGCCAUGGCAUAUGACCGCUGUAUGGCGAUAUGCUUCCCAUUACAUUAUGUCCUGGUUAUGAACCAAAAUGUUUGUGCUCGAAUGGCCAUUGCUGCUUGGAUCUGUGGAAUUGUAAUGCCACUUGGCAACGUAGUUUGGAUAUUUUCUUUGCCCUAUUGUGGCCCCAACCAGAUUGAUCACUUCUUCUGUGAUAUUCCACCACUGCUGAGGUUGGCUUGCACUGAUACUACAAGGAAUGAGAUAUCCAUCCUUGCCCUAAGUGUGCUAAUCACACUGUCCCCCUUUCUUCUGGUGUUGGUUUCUUAUAUCCGUAUCUUUUUCACUAUAGUAAAUAUGCCAUCAGUUAGAAGUCAAAAUAAAGCAGUUUCCACUUGCUCAUCACAUCUCAUUGUGGUCACCUUAUUUUAUGGCUCUGCCAGUGCAAUGUAUCUACAUCCAAAAUCCAACCACAUAGAAAAUAUAGACAAGAUGGUUGCCUUGCUGUAUUCCAUUAUCAUCCCAAUGUUGAAUCCUAUGAUCUAUAGUCUGAGAAACAAGGAAGUGAAGGAUGCCGUGCGACGGAAGGUGCGCAGAUCCGGGAGGGAUAGUAUUCAUGAUUGUGGCCAUCUGAAGGUGGUUAAAGAUAAUGCAGGAUUUGCCCUUCCUAGCAUCUGGUUAUGA